CAGUGGGAUGGUACUCGUCCAGGCGGAGAGGUAGAAUGCGAAUUCCGACUGCUUCCAAACUGGGCAGAUUGCGACACCAUUAUGGAUGGUAACACGUACUUUGGCAACGGCCCUACGACGGAAGUGUGCGUCUUCGCGGGUGCAUGCCGCGUGUGGACCCAAGGCAAUUGUCGUAUUUCAUUCUGCAACAACGAGCAAUACGACUCGUGCGACGUCAACAACACCUGGGGUGACCGAGCCCGCGCUAUUGAGUCAAGGUGCCGGCCAGUGGACCAGGGUGGUUUUCAGUCCAAGCCUGCGCCGCAAGACUGGACCGAAGUGGCCAUUCGUCUCAACACUGAUUGGCGUGUCAGCCCCAAACUCGCGCCAGGCGAGAUAGAUUAUGAGGACAUGUCGGUCGAGGAGAAUGCUGCCGAGCUUCGCCGGCUCGACCUCAUCGAAGAGGCUCUGAGUUCUGGUACCGAUGCGGCCAAUCUGGAAGAACGUGAACAAGACGAUGAAUUCAUUAUCGAGGCCACCUACAGGGGCACAUACCGACCCGGAUCAGCUGUUUUCGUGAUCUCAACCAACGCACAGGACUCAUACACUGUUACCGAAUCCAAGACCACCACCAUUGGUGUUAGCACUUCCGUCAGCGUCGGUGCAUCUUUCUGGGACCUGAUUACUGCAGAAAUCGGCGUUACCGUCAGCACCGAGUACUCCCUAACGAGCUCGACAUCCAUUCAGGUCAACAUUGACUGCGAGGAUGGCCAGCGAGCCUUCAUCUAUUGGAGGCCUUUCUUCGACCGUUACGAUGGCAGAUUCCGAUCAAAUGGACAGACCGUUACUGUCUGGGUCCCCAAGGAUACCCAGUCUUCUCGCAUGAACUACGACUACCAGUGCGCUGGUUAG